CACUGACGGGUAGAAGCCUGAGACCGUGACCACAGCCGGCGGAGAUAAAUCUUGUGUUGGCUUGUUUGUGUGUUUGUUUGUUUGUUUUCUGUAUUUGUUUUAUGACCCCGUUUAAGCCGGUAUUGUUCAGUGAUUCGGGACAUCCUAUAGGUAUUUAACCCCGACUGAAAGCCGUGGAGCUUUGUGCGUAAAAAGCUCAUAAUGUCCAGGCGCAAACUUGGAAGCCGACCGCAACACCUGAGCGUGAUUGAAGAUGCCCCAGAGCCCUCCGUGACUCCGAGCUCACCCAGCUCUCCUGAUCACAUAGAUGAAUGCAGCGAUCUACUGACAUGCGGUCAGUGUGGUCUGGCCUUCCCUCUGGCACACAUACUUACCUUCAUCCAGCACAAGCAGGGAGGAUGUAACCGCACUAGGGCUGGCCCGGUGGACCACACGCCUCAAUCUCCAGCCAAUCAUGCAUUCCGACAUGGCGCAGGCGUGCAGCUGAAGACAGACUACGUGGAGCUGAAGAGGACAACAGGCAGGCGUUGGGAGAAAGAACCAGGUGUGAAGGCGGAGCCUAACCGAGCAGAUGAGCCAUCCAGUUUUACCUGCCUGGUGUGUGAGUGUGUGUUGCCUAGUGCAUGGGCUCUCCUCCAACACGCCCAGCACACACACUCCCUGAGUCUCUACCAAGUCGAGACCAGUCACCCCCAAAAGCCCAAAGCGGCAGCCAUGAUGGAUCCACGCCAUCUGGGUGCCACACUGGCCUCCGCGUUCCACACUUCCACUGGUGUGAAACGUUUGCCUCGCUCCCAUCAGUCCCAGAGCCAUGUCCCCUUGUCAGGACGACGCGAUCUUCAGAGCCUGAACUUCUCGCUGUGUCUGCAGCGGCUGGCAGAGGUGAGCGUCGGGAAUGGAGGAGUCGUGCCCUCGCCAUCUCCAUCUCCACCAGCAGCUACUCCAUUUCCUCACUCUACCCCUCCAUUGCUAGGCGCCUUCUCCUGUGAGGUCUGUGGCCAGAAUUUCCAGUCCUUGCGCAGCCUUUCUGCUCAUCGGCGCACACAUGCCACCGAGAAGCCUUAUCAUUGUGCUGUGUGCCAGCUAUCCUUUGCCCAAAGUGGAGAGCUAGCUCGACACAUGAGAAGUCAUCGAAAAGCUCAAGAAAGUUCAUUUAAAGUGUCAGAAAGCUCACUAAGACUGCCACAUCUCGCCGCUGUGACUGCAAAUGAGGACGGGAAAGUCCCAAGCAGGUUUUCUCAGCAAGGAUAUGGGGAUAGUCUGCAUCAGGAAGGUGACCCUGCAGGCACAGGGUUAAUCCUGUUGGCAUCCCAGCCGGGUGGUACCAACCGCAGUUUACAAAGGUACUAUCAGCUUCAAGCAGAGGUAGAUGAGGAGGUGCAGGUGGAGCCGCAGCAUCCUUCACCCUAUGGUAGCCCUUCAGAGGGUUCGCUAGACAGCGGAGAGACUGGCGAGAGUGGCAUCGCCAGCGGAAACUGUACUCCCAAGAGGCCUGAGCGCGACAACGAGAGAGAGGGUGAGGUGGAGGCAGAAGUGGAAUGCGUGGACGUUGUGCAAGAUUGGCAGCAGGACACCGAGAGGCGCCAGUCUGCGGGUCGCAAAAAGAAAGAAGAGGCAUGUGAAUUCUGCGGUAAACGGUUCCGUAACAGCAGCAACUUGACGGUGCAUCGCAGGAGCCACACGGGCGAACGGCCGUACCGAUGCGGUUUGUGCAGUUAUGCUUGUGCCCAAAGUAGCAAGCUGACACGCCACAUGAAAACCCAUGGUAGCCGUGGCUCUCGAGCCCCGUUCCAGUGCCAGCUCUGCUCUGUGCCUUUUACUGUUUACGCUACACUGGAGAAGCACCUGAAGAAGACACACGGUAUUAGCCAUGCCACGGUUGGAGCCUUCAGCCAGAACACGCACUCUUUAAGCCCACCUCUUGGAUAUACCAACCUUGCCAUUAAAAUGGAAGAUGAUCCCACUAUCGGGCACACCGAUGCCCCAGUCCAAACCAUCAAAGAGGCUGUGGAGUUGUCCAAAAUUCUCAAAGAAGAGGAAUCUGAGAUGAUGGUCAGCACCGAUGGUGCUCCCUCACCCACUCUUGAAGACAGCAGUCAUAAAGUAAAGUAGAGUUGAGUCUUGCUCCAAGCACUGCCUGAACAUUGAGGAAUCCUUUGGGGUUCAUACUGACCAUAGCCAGCACACCAGAUGCUUGAAUCUGACUCUACCCAGCCCCUGGUCAACUCCCUUAAUAACUGGGGCACCAAAACUCAAAUAUUUGUUAAUAGGAGCCACAUUCUGGGGCAUGUAGUUGACCAGCUAUCCUAGAUCAGAUUACAGACAAGUGCCUACAUGUAGACAACUGUGACUAUUCCUGUAAGGAUUCGGGACUUGGUAUAUUUGAAACAUUUUGCACUCAUUACGGUGAGUGAUUUGACUUGUGAUUGUGAUUGUCUAGUCUGUCCAGGACUACAGAGACAGCGUUAUGUCUUUCAGCCUCAGAAGAAAACAGGUGAAUCAGCCUAGCGCAACGAUGACCAAGAUAGAUCAAGAUAGUCUGUAUAUGAUUCUUAUUAGUUUUUGUUAUAAGAUUCUUAGUGGUCGGUUAUUUGUAAAGAGCUCUGUUUGCUAUGAGAAAAUACGCACUCGAUUCUAAUUUUAAAGUCAUACUGAUGUGGAAAGUAACAUUUUUGUAAUGCUCUCUUUCCCCAACAUUUUUGAGUGAAUUAUACUGCCAUUUGUUUUGUUUGUUUUGUUUUGUUUUGUUUCAGCUUGAAAUCCUUUUAGACUUGGAAGUUUAAUCCGUGUCCUGAACACUGGAAAUUACUUUUGGGAUAUUGUUUAUAAUUAGCACAGUUUGGGUAUGUGGCAAUGGGCAUCAACAAUCAUAAAACAGAUUUCUGUGUUCCUAAUCACAAACUUGCAUGGCAAUGUCUUAGGGAUCUUUUGUAAAUGUAUCUGAAGUCAGCGCUUACACAUUCUGUGCAUUGUAACCUAUUUGUCUCUAAACCUCUAGCUGCUCUUCUAUGCAUAAAGCUUAAUUUUAUAAUUCAAAAGAAACGGGUUUCUGUAUGCUAUAUGGUCUGUAUUGCUGUUUUACAGAUUAAUGUUCUGUUUACAGAUUAUGUUUGUUCAAUUGCAUGCCAUGAACUGUUAAGCUUUUCUUUUGCCCUGUGUCUUUUCUUGGGUGCUGCAUGUUGUGUGAGUGCACAAAUAAAAAACCUUGCUUCAGAGGAAUGACUGGGUGGGGAACAGCACUGACCUGUUGCCUGGAGAACCUGCUGUGUGAGCACUUGCGUGUGUGUGUGUGUGUGAGUGUGUAGAUGAAUAUACAUAUGGGUUGAAACAUGUCUUCUUGUUUGUAUGCAGAAAAUGUUUAUUAGUUUAUUUUCUCUAAUUAUCUAUGUCUGUCUAAUCUGUCAGGGAACUGUUUUUCUUUAACACAAAAAAUACAGUUCUGACUAUUUGAAUAUAGACAAAUGUGAAAGGCUGUUGGGCACGACAGUGUCCACCACUUCAGGGAAUGACACAUUGUACUGUACAUAGAGCGCUUCACUCGUCCUAAUGAUGAUCCACUUUCUCGUUUGCUUUAUCUCUAUUAAUUUUUUUUACUUAUCUGUUAUGUAUGUGUAAUAUUUUCCCCUAGCAUUCCAUGGGAAGCACAUGCCUUUGUUUUUAUGUUAUUCUGUCCCUGUGCAGGUGAAUAUUAAAAAGAAUGAUGCAAAGUUGUC